GAACCGGACUUCCAGUCUGCUCCAGAAUUGAAUGGGGGUUUCCGGUUAGGACAUUUGUGGCUCUAUGGAUAGUGUUUAAGGUUGCCAACCCCUGUCUGAGAACAUGGCUAUGGCCAAGCAAACCUCAUAAAGAUGUCCGAGAUACAACUGGGAACCAGGUUCAACCUUCUAUCUAGAUAUUCUACCCAACCUUCUGGUUUCUGGACCUUGGAAGGUUCUGGUGGGCACCUUAGAUCCUGGGUGAAGGCUGGUUGGUUUGAAGUUGUUUGCAAGUUUCUGCUUACUCUUGGGGUGGCGAAUCCUUCAGUCCUUCAUUUGGGAGAUGGUCUAUCUCCGCAGCAGGAAAGAGGGCAUCUUCCUGCCCCAACGAAGAGCGGGAGAGGAUUGUCGUGGCGAGGUUGGGAAGAGCUGGUUUCCUUCCAUCAUGGUGGUGCGAUGUUAGGUCUCCCAGAUGGAAAUGCCAUUUACUGAAUUGGGUUCCAGACCCCUGGGGAGGAAACCUUCCCAUCCUGGUACCCCCUCGUAGUGAUCCACAGAUUUGGGAAAUGACAACCUCGUGAGAAAAACUUUAUAGUCUCACCAUCAGUACUCCUGGUCCCUGGCUGUGCUCAAGCCAAAGUGGAUUGUUUCUUAAGGAGAUCUUUUGCAAGAUCAAGAGAUAAGAACGCAAGCGAGCAGUCAGUCCUUGGUAGCCUCGCAUCGCAGCCAACAAGGAAGCACAUUCAACUACAAUUGUUGGCCGAGCAGGCCCAAAAACAGCCAGGGAAGUGAUUGGGAAACGGGCCCUUUGUCCAUCAACAGGAGUGCUGAAUUCCCACCAGCCUAUCAAACACUUAGGAGCCCCGGGGGCUUGGCGGCACAAGGAAACGACAGCUGAUUGCCAGCCAUCAACACGGCAAUCGGACAACAAUUGUAGUUGCUGCACCGCAUGAACACAAGUCACGGAACAGCCCGAAGCUUGUCUUCCAGUGGAAAUUCCCUGAAGAUGGGCUCCAGCGUGAGUUCCAAAGCUUGGAAGAGAAGAAUCUCUGGUGACCGACCCAAAUUUGAUCUCACAUCUUGGGACACAUAUUUGCCUUCGCUUGGGAGAUGCUUUGUUACUAAUAGGAGGACCCAUAUCUGUCAAGUUGAGCAUGAUGGAGCUAUGUAUCAUCUCUGCUUGCACCUCUAACUCUAACCAUAAUCCUAACUGUGGACAUCUUCAAAGCCUGCCAAGCAACAAGCAUGCUUAUUUGAUCUACUCUUUGAUCUUUUCCAAGAAGGAAACUUCUCAAGUCCUUCUCGAUUUUGAGGGUGUGUCUUCCCUGGAAGGAAGGAACAAUAGCCUUAAGUCCAAUUGGUCCUGGGUGAACUUCCUCCACUGCUGACGGAAGGGAGGGACCUAUUAAAGCUGUUGGGAGUUGAGUUCUGACCGUAGAAAGAGCUUCAGAGAAGAAGACACGCUUCCCAAGAGCUCAGCGGUUCAGAAGGUUCAGAAUGCAUCGUGUUUUGAGGAGCGUCAACCAGAGGGUCAAAGGAUUGGCCACCAGGAAACCUCGUGAGUCAACAACGAAAGGACUCUUGGUGCAACAUCCCCGUGUGCUGUUCCGAAGGACCUCCACAGUGAGUAUUGGGGAGGGUUUAAAAAGAAGGGGAGGACAACCCUCUCCAAAUAAACUUCUUCAUCCCUGGUUUUGGAGGACCAUCUAAAAGGUUCUGGGAUCCUAAGGAGGUGCUGGAGGAUCCUCAGAAGGUUGAGCCUCCUGCAUUCAGAGAGGGCACUCUGAGCCUAAGAGACCUGAUGGGAUGGACAGAGAAGAUAGAAGACCUGCAAAUAACCCACCCAUGUGCCUUGAAGCAUCUUGUGGGCAUGAGUGGGGUCCUUCAACGCAAGUGUCAUGUCUUCCUUCCUUCCCAGCAACAGCCCCACCAGUCUCUCAAGGACUUUGGUCUCCCCAACCCAAGUUGGAGCCGAGAGAUGAUGGCCCAGUUUGAGAAGUUCACCAAGAUGUCCGAGGACGGGUCGUGGGAACGCAUACCCAGUUAUAACAACUGCGUGGACAGCAUGCCAGUUCGCAGCAAAUCGGGGUACACGCCGAGAAAGCAUCAAGACGCCUGCUUGUUCGUCCGAAACGUGGCUACCGAAGGCCGCGGGUUCGAGUUUGCCAUGUUUUACAACGACUCGGAGAGACGGAUGGUGGUCCUUCUCCAACCGGGGUCGUAUUUGGAAGGGAUGAUCGGAUUCGUGCACGGGGGGGCCGUGGCCGCCAUCCUGGAUCACACCUUUGCGAGUUGCGGCAUCUGCGCCUUCGGGAUCGUGCUGACCGCCAACCUUUCCGUGAACUACAAGAGCCUCAUCCCGCUGGGCUCUGUAGUCCUCGUGGAAACCAAGGUGGAGAAAGUAGAAGAGAAGAAGAUAUUUCUGUCCGGGUGUGUGCAGAGCGCUGAUGCACAAAACCUUCACGCAGAAGCCACAGCUCUCUUGAUCCAUCUGGACGUGAAGACUUCUUCCCAUCCAGUGACCAACUCCAACUGAUUUUCCCCGCCAACGGCCGGCCGUUUGUGGGAUUCUCACUCUUCUGACAGCGCGAGGCAGAUUCCUGGUCCCGACAAAACCCCUUUUAUGAAACGCGUGUGAAUUCCUCUCCUUCC